AUGAAUGCUCGAUCCCAAACUUUCGAAUUCUCAGUCGAAGGGCGACAAAUCGAUGAAGUCGUAUCCUGUAUGUUUCAUACCAUACUGUUUCAUCGUUGUGUUGGAAAGUAUCAUACCAAAGGAGAAGAUAGUUAUUCAGUUGGAACACUGGGUUACACAGAUGUUGAUUGUGAUUACAUUGAUUUCACUUAUCUUCAAGUAACUAGUCAAGAACUACAACGCGCAGUGGCUGAGAAAAUCAACCAAUUUCAUGAUAAACUUCGUUCAUCCGAAGCGAAUCGUUGUGGUCAAAUUACAUUGGAAUUUUAUCAGAAGAAAAAAUCUCGUUGGAUGUUUAAACCUGAAGAAAUUCCGUGGGAAAUUUGGACGAUAAAAAUUGAACAAAUGCAACUAUCUAGCGAGAAUGAACGACAAUUUGUGCGUGAAAAACUUUCGGAUACAUUGACUGAACGUAUUUUUCAAAUAACCGAAAUAAUUAACAAACCAGAUUACGUUCCAAAACCACCACAUCUGUCUGAAUUAGACUUAGUCUUCGACACAUCUUACACCGACAUCCAACCCUAUUUAUUCAAAAUUCACUUUAGUGAUACACCAACUAUUGUUAAUCACUCAUCACAUCAAAACGUGUGCAGUAUUCGAAUACCAUUUUGGGAAUUUUUGAAAUCAUCAUUUCAAGCACGUUCGAACCCUGAAGCUAGUAUUCAUCGAAAACGUAUUGGUGGCUUUCAACCAAUAAAAACAGAAUUAUAUCCGAAUAAAACCUAUCUGUGGUGUUCAUGUGGUUACGCACAGCGUCAGGCGUUUUGUGACAAAUCGUGUCUGCAUUUAAACGGUGACUUUCAACCAAUGAAAUUCACAUCGUCGAAGUUUCAAAUGGCAGAUUUGUGUAUGUGUAAAAUGACGCAGAAGGCGCCGUAUUGCGAUCAGUCGUGUCGAACACGUUUUUCUGGCAUGCAAACGAACAUGGGCAAUGCUGUUACGGGAACUUAUUCGAAUAUGAAAGACUUUCUAAAUACGAUACCGAAAGGUGUUGAAGGUUUUCGUCAGUUUGCUGCCGAACGGCAAGCAAAGCUUGAAGAAACUGAACGUUUGAAAAAGAAAGUCGAUGAAUUGAAGAAGAAAAAGUUUUCCGAAGAGAAAUAA